CACAGUUUUCCAUGAGAUUGUUAUUGCUGCUUUGAAGUGUGAUUGUGAUCUGUGUCUUUGGGUUUGUUUGAUCUUCAGUGCUGCAGCUCUCUGACACUGGCCGGGCAGGCACAUCCCUCCCUCCGCUGGAUCUGCCUUUGAGCCUGGUGAUCCCUUGGUUCUCUGCAGAGGUGCCAAAAAGAAGGUACACAGCAGUUUUCAGAUCAGCUUUGGAGUUGAUCAAGGUUUACAACAAUUUUCCAGCACAUUUUGGUAAGAAAGCUCAAUCCUAUAGAAUCGACAUAAUUGUGGUUUGCAAAAUACACUGCCGAAUCAUUAAUGAUGUCUAAUGCCAGCCAACCUACUGAGCAACAAGUCACUCCAAGCACAGACCCGACGGAAAAGGAUCUUCACAAGGACGAUGAACUUACAGCCGAUUUAGAAAAACGGAGCAGGAGUGGUAUAAUAAAUGAACCGAUAAGCAAAGUUCUAAAAAAACCUCGCUCUUCAACACGCUUUCCAACGUUUGGCAGUGGCAGCUCAAUGAACGGGCAACUGCAAAAUGGAAAUACCUUAGUAAAUGGAAAAGAUUCAACAGUUCUUCAAAACAGUACUACCUCAAAGCACAAAAGGGCCUCUCACAUGUUAGACAAAUCCGAUAGGUCACUGGAAAGUUCGUCAGAGGCACAGAAUGAAGUGCACAUCAUUCCUUCUACAGAUCAUCAAAAGCAGGUGGAACCUGAGCACAUUUACCUCUCCAGUGAGCGAGAAGCUGGUAUUUCUGACAUGGAGGUUGUAUCAGCAGCUGAAGCAAUAAGCAGUCCUGUUGAUUUGCCCUUCAUGAGUGGCAUUCCAUUGAAUCCGGGUGUUUUUAUUAUGACUCCCGCCGGGAUAUUCAUGGCAGAUAGUGCGCUUCAGAUGGCUGGUCUGGUAGAAUAUCCUUUGCAGAAUGACCUUGCUUCCGCUAUACAUUCUGGAAAGAAGAAGAGAAAGAGAUGUGGCAUGUGUGAACCCUGCAGAAGAAGAUUAAAUUGUGAGGAAUGCAGUAGCUGUAGAAAUCGCAAAACGGGCCACCAAAUUUGCAAACUGCGAAAAUGUGAGGAACUUAAAAAAAAGCCUACAGCAGCAUUGGAGAAAGUGAUCCUUCCGUCAGGAGCAGCGUUUCGAUGGUUCCAAUAGAUGUGAGCACGCAAUUCCCAGAGUUGUGUCAUUAAGUGCAAUGUGUCUGCUUGCUUGUAUUGUCUCAGGCAAACAUUGUCGGCUAAAGUAAAUGGACGCACCCUGUGUUUUCUUAGAACCAAAACUCUUUCUGCAACUUUCAUUCCAGUUUUUAUGGAGGUGAAUUUUAUGUUGUAAGAAUAAAUAUCUUUAGUCAUUGUACAAUGUGUCAGUGCUAUUACAACAAAUCUGUAAAAUACAGUACCAAGACAAAAUGGGCAGAGUAUGGACAAUCAGAUUUUAUUUGUAUUUGAUGUUGAUGUCUGUUAUGUAUGUUGGAAGGUGCUAGGACUGUUUAGGAAGUUAAUUUUACAGAUAUCUUUUAAGACUAGUUGAACACACUGUUCUAGACAUAGCACAAUGGCUCAAUUACAUGCCUUUUUCCAAUCUACCUUUCCUCUCCUCUCUAUUUUAAUGCAUAUUUCCCCAGUUGUCACGGGGUAGCCAUUGCAUAAUGACACCUCUUGGCAUUGGAAACUUGAACACAUAAGUAGGCACUAGAAUAUGAUUUUUAUAUUUUAUUUGUAAACGUUUUUGUAAAUUACUGAUUUAACAUCACUGCUGUGGUGGUUCUUUUACCACUGGUUUUCAUGUAAAAUCACCAGCUUCACACCGAUUUGCAUGGUGCAUUUUGUAAUGAUUUGGCUGUUUUUGGCUGUUUUGUGUAGAAAAUUAGUGUUUCUUUUGUGUGUCCAAUUUCAUUUUGGGGCACAUAGCCUUGCAUGUGGCACUUGGCGUCCCUUAAGGUGAGCAGACUGAUUUCUGGAAAUGCUGUUUAGGAAAGUUGGCUUUUCAUGAUCCAGCAAAUUAUUCAUUGCUACAAAAAUACACUCAAUACAAUUCUCUUACUUGCCUACAGAAUACAGUGCCCCAUUAAAGUCUAUCCAUGGUAAAUCACAGGAAUCAUUGUUUAGUUGCUCUCUCAAACUCAUUGUGGCAGUGAGUGCUAUUGGUUCACAACACCAGCAACCUGGAUUUGAUCCUAACCCUCAGUUGCUGCCUGUGUAGAGCUUGCAUGUUCUUGUAAUAGCGUUGGUUCCUCCUCAAUCCAGCCCCCAACCCCAGUGUUUCAGUUUUCUUUCACAUCACAGAGACAUUUUGGCUAUCAGGAUAAUUGGUUAUUGUGAAGUAGCCUCAGUGUUGGUGACUGAUGAGAGAAUCGGAGGUUGUUAAUGGAUGAGAGAAUACCAUACAUGGAAAUGAGACUAUGAAUACGAUUGGAGGGUUUGCUCUGAGAGCUGAUAUAAGCUGGAUGGACUGAAUGGUACCUGACUACAUCAGAAGAAAGUAUGAGUAUUAUGAAAAUUAUGAGGAUCAAAAAAAGCACAUAACUUUAGAAGCGCUACAUAUAACAGACCUUCUUUAAGAAUGACCAAUAAAAAAAAAGAGGCUCCCUGGGUUACAAAAAGCAUUAACUUAAUGUAUUGUAAAUCCAAGAUUAUGCAUUCUCUUACAUUAAGUUCUAUGUGCGUACAAACAAUGUCUCCCUGAAAACAAAUCUGUCAACUGUACUUGAUCAUCGAUGUCGGUUAUAGAGUCUUCAAAGUUUAAAAUAACAUUCAAUAGUUCAUGCUGAAAACGUCUGCAUGGCUUGAUUAAAAAGAAGUUCCUUGUUAGAGUUUUGUUGGUUCUGAUGGCAUCUGUCUCUUUUACGACCGGAUCUGUGGCGACCGGCUGAAAUUGAGUGAAUUUCUGUUAUUGCUGGCACCCACUUGUUUUCCCUUCCUGAAAGGUUGCUCAUUUCCAACUUAUUAAUUAAUUGGUAAAUGGAUAGUUCUCAGGAACGGAACCCCACAUAACCCAGGGAGUUAUUGUUCUUGGAAGAAACAAAGCAGGAGAUUUUCAGUUAUCAGAUUUUACAGCACUGUAAAUAGUAUUCUGAUGAUUAAAACAGCAAGUAAGAACAUUUAUGAUUAUGAUUAUGGAGAGGAGAACAGCUUUUUAAUUUUUGAUUUACAGGACAUUAAAACAAUUAAUACACAGUAAAUAUAAUGCUUCUGAGCAACUUAAUUGCACCUCACCAACUAAGCUCUGAAUUCCUAAUGUGUUAUCAAUGCUAUCCUCAUAAAAUUGCAUAAUUAAAUAAUUGACUCAAUGAAUUUUAAAUUAGAUAUAUUUAAGCUACAUUCACAUUAAUUAUGUUGUAUAAAUGCAGCCUGUUUCAAACUGCUGUUGCUAGCGCUCUUUAUGAGGUAAACAUCUCGAGGCUGCUUCCAAUCUGACAGAAUGGAGAGGUCAAAGACUAUUGAAUCUCAUACUGUUUCCCUUAUCGCCACAUGAACUGAAGUCCAGGAAGGGUGCAUUCUUCAUUUGAGUAGAGUUUAGAGUGGACAUUUCUCCUCUCUCCAGGUGAUCAACUAUUGAAAGAGAGCUCCAGAUCAGGAUACAUUCAGGCAUACAUUGAGCUCUGAUUUAGACAGGACAGUUGAAUUUACAAGCAGAAUGAAGUCAGACAAUGUAAAUGGGAAGAAUGAGCUCGCAGCAUAUACAAUAUAAACACACCCUUCUAACACAUGCAUUUACUCUAUUUAAAGAGUCAAAAUUCUUAUUUGAGAAAGCACUGACAUUAGCAUCUUGUCUGAAACACAGGGCUUUUGGGAUGGUAGGUUGAAUGGGAACGAAAACCUUAUGUUGUAGGACAAACCAGGCAAAGCAGAUAAAAUGUGAAAGAAAAUAGUGAGGUCUAUAAUCAACUGGCCACUUGCUGUUGUUUGUGUUUUUUUGCUACCUCCCAGGAGAAUCUACAACACUUUCGGAAUUCACCAUUGUUCAAUAUGUUUGAAACAAAGAACGGUUGUUGGCUGAUAGGUGUUACAAAUAGCUGCUAAUUUGAACUGGUGGAAAUUAUCUCUGGCAAAAGCAAAGGCAGAGUGACUGUCAAUUUAUAAUAAUACCAAUCACUGCUGAUCUGCCUUAUCCAAAGUAAUUGCUAUGUUUUAACUUAUCAUUUUUGAGUAAAAGGUAGGCACAAAUAUAUGACAAAAAACAUUUUCCCCAGAAACAAGUUUUAGAAUGAUAAGUUAGAGGAUAAAAGAAUGGCUGAUGCAAUGCAUAAUUUUUUUUAAAUAUUCAUUUUUGCAAAUAUUGGUUCAAGGUCAUUCAUAUGAUAACAUGAUUGAACUUCUGUUAUAAAGAUAGGUUCGUACGAAUUUGAAAUAAUACAUAAAACCAUCGGUUCUCUUUUUCAGCUUAAGCACUGAUUUUUUUUUCUUUCUAUUAAUUCUGAAAAUACUUUCCAAAUAUUGUGAAAGAGCAUUGUAUAUGAUUUGCCAAGAAACUCAUAAAGUAUAUGGAUAUAGUUUUUUCUGGUUAUGUAAUUCAUUUCAGUGUUGUGAACUGGUCUUAAGGUUUGGUAUGUUUAAAGCAAAAACAGCAAAAGAAAAUGGAACAAAAUAUAUGCAUCAGCAAUAUGGUGUCUUGUCUGUAGCGAUUCUGUAUACAAAUAAAAUAAGUACU